AUGACCAUUUAUUUUUUAGUUUAUGUUGAUGAUGUGGUCCUCACUGGUUCAAACCCACAUGCUCUUGAUCAACUUAUUUCACUGUUAAGUGUUGAUAUUCAUCUUAAAGAUCUGGGUAAUCUUCAUUAUUUCUUGGGCAUAGAAUAUCAUCGUGGUUCCACUGGUCUUGUACUUUCUCAGAGAAAAUACAUUCUUGACUUACUCAAGAAAACUAAUAUGACAAAUUGCAAACCUGUGAGUACACCCAUAUCGUCUUCUACAAAACUCUUUGCAUUUGAUUCUACCUCUAUGGAAGACCCAUCAUUAUACAGGAGUGUGGUGGGUAGUUUGCAAUAUUUACUUUUUUCUAGACCCGAUCUGGCCUUCUCAGUAAAUCAGGUAUGCCUGUUUAUGCAUGCACCCCGUGUAUCUCAUUGGCAAGCUAUGAAAUGUAUUUUACGUUUUCUCGAGCAAACUCUGAACUAUGGCCUGCUUAUCACACCUUCCCCUUCUCCUCAACUGGCUGCCUUCUCCGAUACUGACUGGGCAGGAUGCCCAGAUGAUAGAAAGUCAACUGUAGGGUAUUGUGCAUUUUAUGGCAAAAACUUGAUCUGUUGGAGCUCCAAGAAGCAGUCCACCCUUGCAAGGACCAGCACUAAGGCUGAGUACAAGGCCUUAGUUCAUGCAACAUGUGAACUAAUUUAG